GGAACAAACAAGUAAUAGCAAAAGAGAGUAAGAGAGUGAUCAACAGCCUGACAGAAACUUAUGGUUGAAUCGCCAGAACCAGCCUCAGGCACAAGAGGCCCUCGCAAUAGACGACAGCCUUCGCGACAGCCUUCACCUACCCCAUCCUCGCGACCACGGAGAUCAAAUGCGAGAGCAUCAGGUCCACCACCUGUCACAACCAUCAAGAAGGAAGAGCCAGCCAGGAAAAGACGUCCAAGCAGUAUGGAAGCAAGCAAUCUUGAAGAUAGCGCUAAUGAUGAUGAUGAAGAAAAUGCAGAGGAACGGGAUGAAGAUGAGCAAGGAGAGGGGGAAGGAGAAGAAGGAGAGGAGGGAGAGGAAGAAGUCGAGGAUGAGAAAGAACCAGUCCCAACAAAAAGACCAGGACGACCAUCGCGAUCAAAACGACCUAUCAGGAAUGGCAGAUCGGUAACCAAGUCUCGUCCUCAGGGAGACGGGGAUGUAGUAGAGAAUAAUCAGGCUUCUACAGAUAAAGCUGAUGGUGGAGCCACAGAGGAGCAGGCUGAAGAGGAUCCGGAAGAAAAUGAAGGAGAAAUUGAAGAAGCCGGCGAGGCUAAAAUCACAAAAGAUGGCGAACUUCUAGGAGGUCGUGAAUAUAAAUGCCGAAGUUUCAGGAUGCCAAACAGAGGGAGUAGAAUCUAUAUGCUCUCAAUGGACCCUGCCCGUGUUCUUGGCUUUAGAGACAGCUAUCUCUUCUUCUUGAGGAACCCAUCACUCGUGCGUAUCAAUACAACGGUAGAAGAGAGGACAUGGAUGAUUGAAAACGGAAUGUUAAUGGCCAACUUCAAGUCAAAACUGAUCGCUGUUGUAACUGCACGAUCGAUCUUCAAAAUGUUUGGACAUCGUAUUAUCAAACGAGGAAGGAGCAAAAUUGACGACUAUUAUGAAUCGCGCGCUGUCGAGGAUGAUGUUGGAGAUGAGUCUGAUGAAGACAUGGCUGGCGAUCCAGAUGGUUCACAGGGCAGUGGCACCCAUGAGGAUGGAACACAGGGCCGGCGGAAACACACACUAUUUCAUACAGACGAACCAGUUCGUCAGGUGACGGACCUCAAUUGGAUGUAUGAAAGCGCCAUGGCAGUUCGCUCAUUAAAUACCCAAUUGAGAACAUUGCGACAGGAGAACCCAAAGUUUCUGGACCCACACACCAAUAUUGAGCAGAUCCCUGCUGCGAAACAACCAACGCGAUGUGAAGUUGUUCCAGUACUACAGUCCAAGAAAGAGGCACCCUCAGCUAUUCAAUCAGAAAACACGCUGAAUCAGACUGUAUUAUCGAUCCCACAUUCGAUUGGACCACAGGUCGAUGCCGUAGUAAAAGUUGAAAUCAAAGAAGGAGUACCUCCACCGCCUAUCAUUCAGGAUCCAGCUGUAUGGGCAGUUAUUCCUGAGGAUAUUCGCAAGGCAUUAGAGAUCGCUGAGGCAACUAAACCAAAGGAUGAAGAAAAUGAAGACCUUGCAAAGUUCCCUCUGUCGCUUAUGGAUGGGCAAUAUCAAGCCGCCUUUCCAAUACAUCAAGCUCGGUUCCAACAGCCAUAUAGGGUGGUGUUACCACAGAGCAUGGCACCUUUUGCUCAUUAUCUCCAUCAACUUUAUACGACCCAAUCUCGCGGUGAAGUGGGGCCAACCAUGGAGCAAGCCACAGUCCUUGGACAGGGAGAUGCGAGGGCUCUUCAAUGGCAACAACAACAUCAGCUUCAGCAGCAGCAAAUGCAGCUUCAUCAAAAGCAGAUCAAAAAUCAACAGCAACAGCAACAGCAACAACAACAACAGAUACAGGACCAGCCCAACAAGAAGUUGGAAACCCCUCCAUCGCAGGGAAUAUAUUGUGGUGCGCCCUUGAAGACAGGCCAUGGAUACUGUCAGCGACUUGUCAGCGCACAAGGUGAGCGAUGCCCGAACCAUCGCGGGUCGCAGACAAGUCAGCCAGGCACACCACAAGCCAAUGGCAAAUUACAGGGAAUUUGUGGUGAAUGUAACCAAGCAAUAGCACCCCAUACAGCAGUGCCGGCAGAUAAGCCCUUGCCAUGCCCUAUGUCGUAUCUCAAUACUUGUAAGACAUGCUCCAAUAGUUUCCACCCGGUUUGUCUGCAGCUGGAUACGGCCAGAAUCGUGUCUGCUAUUGCCUCCUAUCCAUGGCAAUGUAAUGACUGUAAGCUUUGCGUCGUUUGCAUGGAAGCUGGUGAUGAGGCUUCAUUGUUAAUUUGCGAUGAUUGUGAUCGUGGUUGGCAUAUGAGCUGCUGCGAUCCUGCUAUCAGAGAAGUUCCCAGAGGUGAGUGGCUCUGCUCCUUCUGUGCGAUGUGCCAUUCAUGUCGUGGUGCUGAAAUACCAGGUACAAGAUACAAACACGCUAUUGCAAACCCUACAGGAGCAAACAAAUAUCCUACAUAUCUUUGCACCUACUGCAUUAACUGUCACGACAGCUUUACAAAGGGGCGGUAUUGUCCAGUCUGCUUACGGACAUAUCGCGGUGAUGGUGGGGAGGACGACUCGGAUGCGGUAGGAGAGGAUGAGAACAAUAUGGUCUGCUGUGACGAGUGCAACCGUUGGGUUCAUAUGGAUUGUGAUGGUGAAUUAUCUGAGGACAAAGUUGAAGAGAUGGGCCAGGACGAAAGUUUGAAGUACACUUGUCCACCAUGCUCUGGCAAGGUUGUUCCACUUCGACCGGGGCUGGCUCCUGUGAACGUAACACAAGAAGUAAUCUUGCAAAGUCUUCAUGGUCAGACUAUCCCACAGCCCAAGGUUUGUGGUAUCCUUGGUGGUAAGAUGCGCGUUCGUGGACUGAUGGAGCACCAAGGCAAGAAAGUUGGUAUCCCUGAAAUCAUUGGUACAGGGGUUGAGUAUGAUCGGAAGAUGGUUUCAGAACUGACAGCGCUCAAGAACAAAGGUUCAGCAGCUUUCAGACGGAGGCGAGGCCGACCCAUGACAAAGAGCCCUGCAGCAGGUGUCCGUCGUGCUUCUAUUGCAUCUUCAACCUCUUCGUCUCUGUCAUCUUUGACUGGAUCUGUGGAUAGUUAGUGAAC